CCCACUUGCUCGAGGUUUUCAAACAGGUCCGCCGCCAGGCAACAUAAGGAUUGGUCUACGCUCCGGUAGCCACUAGCCUCUCGCUCUUCGGAGUUGAGUGCUUUCUACGCCGGGAGGAUGUCCGGUCGCGGGAAAGGCGGCAAAGGGCUGGGGAAGGGAGGCGCCAAGCGCCACCGGGAGGUCUUGCGGGACAACAUCCAGGUGGCCCGCCGCGGGGGCGUCAAGCGCCUUUCUGGGCUCACCUACGAGGAGACGCGCGGGGUGCUCGAGGUGUUCCUGGAGAACGUGAUCCGCGACGCCGUGACGUACACGGAGCACGCCAAGCGGAAGGCCGUCACGGCCAUGGACGUGGUGUACGCGCUGAAGCGCCAGGGCCGCACCUUGUACGGCUUCGGCGGCUUGUCUGCGGGUCCCUAACGGCCCUUCUAAGGGCCCCCAGGACGUCAAGGAAAGAGCGAACGCUCGGCGUUCACUGUGCGCAUGUGGCGUGUAGACGCGGGUCGGCGCGUUAGCGACGCCCAGCCCUGCGCCGUGGAGCUGCCUGUCCCGGCGGGUGGCUAGCGGCGGGC